CUACUUCUUUCAAUUUCUAUAUCUCAUUAGGUUCUUCAUAAAAUCCCAAAAUUUUUUCACUUUCAAAUUUUGAUCUUUUUUAGUUUCAUUUUGUAAUACUUGUUUUGAUCAAAAAACAAAAAAAAUGGGUCAUGUAAAACUAAAGAUGGAACUCAUAGCCGAUGAAAAAUCUCGGAAAAUAACAUUUCAGAAGAGAAAAAGAGGCAUGUUGAAGAAAUGCUAUGAGUUCUCCAUUCUUUGUGGAAUAGAUGUUUGCAUGAUCAUCUAUGGUCCUAAACAGAUCGAACGGCCUACAGAGCUCAUAAUAUAUCCUGAUGAUUCCACUCAAGUUGCCUGCAUUAUCAAACAACUCCAGACCACCACCAUCUACAAACCGCCGAAAAGAAUAUUCAAUUUAUCCGACAUUUUCAUCGACCGGAAAAGGAAGAUCGACACCGAAAUCACCAAGCUGCGCAAAGUGUAUUUCGCCACCAAGUAUCCGAUUUCCGAUGAGCUGAUCAACUCUCUAUCGAGGGAUCAACUCAAUUUCCUCCUAAGUAGAUUGGAUACGAAGAUUGAAGAUGCAAAAGCUAUGAUCGAUCUUCACAAAGAAAACGAUCUUCUGCUAAUGAAAAACCCCGUGGGACAAAACUGUGCGAACCACGUGCAAAACAUUUUUCAUGACCAAAAGCCUGCUAUCCCUUUGAACCAUCAUCAUCAUCAUCAUCCAGUUGUGGAUCAUAUGCAAUUGCCAUUGCAAGUCCUCUUGAAUCGAACAACUCCUCCUCCUAAAAUGGUUCCUCCUCCUUGUUUCGAUUCGAAUCCGAAUCCGGCCAUAAACAUUGCCAUGAAAAAUCCACUGACGAUGAUGAUGUUGAUGAACGAUCAAGCUGGGCUCGAAAAUGGUGCGUCGAGCUCUAACAUUAUAGAUAAUCAUCAGUUCAUUAGUAGUAGUAGUAAUAAUCAUUUGUGUGGACCAGUUUUCAAUGAUCCAACGCUUGGGAUGAUAGACAAUAUGAUGUUCAGCAAUAUGGGUGGCCAAUAUAGCCAGUUGGUGCAGGUGCAGCAGCCCAUGCCGUACAUUCAGUAUAAUCAAACGGUGAAUGCAGCAGCAGGUAUUCAUUCUCAAAGGAUUUACGGUUCUGAUGAAGGGAAUCGAUUUGAUGAUGAAUUCAGUGAAUUCUUAUAUAAGAACAAGAUUCUUUGAUGGACAUAUAGAAAG